UCUGAUUGCUCCAUUCGCACAGACGUCACUCUUAAGGCGAGGCUUAGCAUUUGAUUGGCAUUGUGUGUGUCCGAAUAGUUAACCACGGGACCCACGACCAGUGAAAGCUUUGAAUAUCUGGCCGGGACGACUGGAGAGGACUCGGAACAACCUAGAGUCGGCACUUGCCUGGAGCAGUGGAUGAGAAGUUUGCAGCAGCACGGGGAGGGAGCGGGAACAACAUCGGCCACAAAGGCAAGUCAGCAUUUGUGCAGUUUUGGUCCAGAGCAGAGGUCAGGAAUGAUUCUUACUUUGGGCGAAACGUUCUCAAACGGAGCAGGUUCUAACUCGGAUGCCGGGGACAUUGGAGAAACUGGGGAGGGGGCGUCUGAACUUGCUGAGAACGCAGAGACUUCCGGAGCUAUGCAGCAGGUGCUGGAUAACCUGGGCGAGUUGCCUUCCACCACUGGGGCUAAAGACAUUGACCUCAUCUUCCUCAAAGGCAUCAUGGAGAGUCCUAUUGUCCGCUCGCUGGCCAAGGCUCAUGAGCGUUUGGAGGAUGUGAAGUUGGAGGCUGUGCAGGAGAAUAAUGUUGAGCUUGUGACUGAGAUUCUGGGUGACAUCAGAGGGCUGAGCGUACGAGAUGACAGUGCUGCAGAGCUCUCCAAAAUCCUGCAGGAACCCCAUUUUCAGUCUCUUUUGGAGGCCCAUGACAUGGUGGCGUCUAAGUGCUAUGAAGCCCCAGCCCCUGCUGAAGUGAUCAAUGAUGCGGCAGUAAACAACGCUCUUAUGCAGGCUGAUGCGGUCAGGAUGAUUGGCAUCCGCAAGAAAGCAGGAGAACCUCUGGGUGUUACCUUCCGAAUGGACAAGGGUGACCUGGUAAUCGCCCGCAUCCUUCACGGAGGGCUGAUUGACAGGCAGGGGCUGCUGCAUGUGGGUGACAUCAUAAAGGAGGUAAAUGGGAAGGAUGUUGGCAAUAAUCCCACUGAGCUCCAGGAGAUGCUCAAAGAAUGUAGUGGAGGAAUAACGCUGAAAAUAUUGCCCAGCUACAGAGAUGCUCCGGCACCACCACAGGUGUAUGUGCAGCCACAUUUUGACUACAAUCCAGCCAAUGACAAUCUAAUUCCAUGCAGAGAGGCGGGACUUGCUUUCAAAAGGGGUGAUAUCCUACAGAUUGUCAACAGAGAAGACCCAAACUGGUGGCAGGCAUGCCAUCUGGUGGAAGGAGGUACUGGGUUGAUUCCCAGCCAGUUUCUGGAAGAAAAGAGGAAAGCAUUUGUUCCUAAAGACCUUGAUGGAGCAGGAAUCCUAUGUGGAACAAUAACUGGUAAAAAGAAGAAGAAGAUGAUGUACCUCACUGCCAAAAAUGCAGAGUUUGAUCGUCACGAGCUCCAGAUCUACGAGGAAGUAGCACGUAUGCCACCAUUUCAGAGGAAAACCCUCAUUCUGAUUGGAGCGCAAGGAGUGGGGCGUCGUAGCCUGAAAAACCGACUAGUUGUACUACAUCCCACCCGCUUUGGUACCACUGUACCGCAUACGUCUCGGCGGCCUCGCGAUGACGAGCGAGAUGGUCAGUCGUAUAGAUUUGUAACGCGUCUAGAGAUGGAGACCGAUAUCAAGGCGGGCCGGUACUUGGAACACGGAGAGUACGACGGCAACCUCUACGGCACUAAAAUCGACUCCAUCCAUGAGGUGGUGAACAAAGGUCGUACGUGUAUCCUGGACGUCAAUCCUCAGGCUCUGAAGGUGUUAAAAACUGCAGAGUUCAUGCCAUAUGUUGUGUUCAUCGCAGCUCCAGAAUUCGAUACACUGAAGGCCAUGCACAAAGCUGUGGUUGAUGCUGGACUCACCACCAAACAACUCACGGAUGUGGACCUGAAAAAGACAGUAGAUGAAAGCGCUCGUAUCCUGCGGGCGUACAGACACUACUUUGACCUCAUCAUUGUCAAUGACAACCUAGACUGUGCGUUUGAGAAACUCCAGUCAGCUGUGGACCAACUCUGCACUGAACCGCAGUGGGUUCCAGUGAGCUGGGUUUACUGAGGGCAUCUUUAGAAGCUCACCAUACAAGUGUGUUUGAGUGUGUGUGUGUGUGUGUGUGUGUGUGUGUGUGUAUGUACAGUAUGUGUAUGACUGGUAUCUAAGUUGACUGAUAUGGGGCAGAGUGAAGUUGCGUUUUUGGAAUGACCAACCAAAUGAGUCAUUUCCCACAAAAGUACCGUUACCCCGGUCCUCUUUUUUGUGCACACAAUGCAACAUUUUUUCUACUCAAACUGAAAGGGAAGAGUACUUAUUUAUUUUAGUAUUUGUAUGUUUUUAAUGAAUAUCUUUCUAUUUGUAACAUCUUUGGAGUUGAAAGAAAAGAAAAACGAGGAAAACUAAAACUGGCCUUGGCGAAUCAGAGGCCAUAUUUUUUAAUUUAUUAUUGUAGUUAUUUUUACAUGUGUUCCUUCUUCAUUUUGUAGAUCCUGAACCUACUGUGAUGUUUUGAUUUAUACUCAAAUGAAGGACUAAACUGACAAGAGUGUAGCAGGCCAAGGGCUUAUCUAGAACAUUUUAGAUCCUAAAACCAUGAACCAUAAAACUGUUUACAUAGACCUUUACAUCUCUUAACCGUUUGUUUGCUUGUCUUCAUAUCCAAAAGAGAAGUAUUUUAUCUCUUUUAUGCAAAAGUCCAUAUCAAUGUGUGCAGUUUGUUUUAUUUAUAGUGUGUUUUGUAACAUUUCAUUCACCAAUUUUGUCUUUUGUACAACAUUGGGCUGCACAAUGUGUCUGUGUCUUAUGAUCCUCAGUCAUUUUAAGGAACCGAACAAAUAGUCCUGUUAAUUUCAGCCAUUUUCUUUGUUUUUUCUUUCUUGAAUGUCUCAAAAAUUCUGUUCCAGAAUGUCAUGACCUUUCUGCCAAAUGUUUUUUUUUGUCUCUGUGUUGGCAAGACCUCAACAACAAGGCAAUUAAACAGGCUGACCAUUGUUA